GAGAAUCGCCAGCUCAGUCGCGACCGUUUCGUUUCGAUCCAUCGAUGCCAGCCCGUGUACCGUAAAUCCGCGCUUCCUCGCUCUGCCACCUGGCGACUGAUGGAUUUUAGUGAAUCAGAUCAGUGGAUUAGGAUCAGUGGAUUAGGAUCAGUUCUGAAGUUUUAAAUAUUGGGUUUCUAUGUGAUACCACCUUCUUCUUUCUUCUGAGAAUAUUUCUCCCUAGGAAACUACUCUUUUUAGAAUAUCCUAUACCCUGAAUAUUCCAUCCUGAAUAUUCUACUCUUCCUCUUCUACCUUGAAGAGGUUGACCUAUGCCCCCUUUCCUAGAUCCCUCGGUUCCUACUUCCCUGGUUCCUAGUGGAAACUUUUCUGAGUGGACGAAAUGAGAAAGAAAUUGAGUGGUUUGUGAACAACACAGGUUCGGAGACACAGAGUGUGGUUAUUUCAAGACUUCAUUUCAAAACGUCCAAGUGACUUCCUAAGAAGUGACUUCUAUCCACUCUUCUCUAUCCACUUCAAGCAUCCAAGUGUGCCCCGAGGGGGAAGGAACAUCGUAGUAACACUUGCAAUUAGACCGAAACGCUGAUGAGUAGCGAGCAGCGUUUCCGGUACGCGAUGUAAACACAUGCUUCUAAUGCGCAGACGUCGCUGCUCUGCUCCAUAACUAGAUGGUAAUUGAAACCAUUCCUGGAGUCCCUGGAAAUACGACGAAAUUAAAUAUAGAGUGGGUCCUAAAUCAACCAUGAAAAAUCGGAAAGGGUCCCCCGGGAUUCGAACCCAGGUACUCAGGGUAGUAGUCGGACACGCUACGCACUGCUCCACUGUCCGCCAUGUAGCGAGGCAGGCCUAGAAUUAGAAAAACGCGAUGCAUCUGAUUCUGGUCUGGGCGUUGGUCGCCCUAAUUGGCCGGGUGGACUGCAAAUGCAGCAUAGCACCGAUUGCGGAUGACGAACGAUCGGUCGCCUACGCUUGCACGCACGGCGACCUGAACGACCUCGAGGAGAUAUCCAACGAGGCGGAGUGGAUAGAGUUCACGGUGUCGAGGUUCCAUAAUAUACCGAACGACGCGUUCUCGAGAUUCAGGAACCUCAGGAGGCUGUCCUUUUACAACUGCCACGUGAAUUUUAUAAGUCCGGACGCGUUCGCUGGAUUAAAUCAUCUGGAGUGGCUGAUAUUCCACGGGACCAAGAUCCACGUGGCCAGGACCGCGUGGUUCCGACAUCUACCUAACCUGAGGAGGCUGAUACUCGACAGAUGUGGUUUGGUACAUAUAGAGCCCGACGUUUUCCGCCUGUUACCCAGACUGGAAACGCUGAGCCUGCGCGACAACGAUCUGGACUGCUUACCGACCGAGGACCUCUCUUACCUACGAAUGCUAAAGUCCGUCAGAAUCGACGGCAACCCUUGGCUCUGCGAGUGUCGACAGAGAUUGGAGAAGUACUUUCGAGAUCGAUCCAUCACCCCGGAAUUCGAGUGCUCGAGGGAAGUCUACAUGUGCAGGAAAUACCAGUGCAUGACGCAAAUUGGAUUCCCCGUACUUCCAUCCACCUUGCAUUUCGACAGUUCUCAUAGGGAAGAGACGAUUCGCCAUCAAUUCCAAACAAAUGUGUUCACAUCGUUGGACCGACUUCCGGACAAGACCACGUGGAUAGAGAUAUCCGGUCUGAAGAUCGAUAAACUCCCUCGAUACGGGUUUUUCCGUUUCGGAAACAGCCUGCGCAGCUUGGAAUUGAACGACUGCCGUAUCGACACCAUCGAGAGUGGCGCUUUCGCAGGCUUGCACCGACUGCAGCGCCUCUCGUUGGUCGGUAACCGAUUCACGGUUAUCGGCGCUGACUGGUUCAGGGAUCUACUUAACCUACAGCAGUUAAUUUUGAGAAACAAUCAAAUCGAGCAGAUCGAACGGACGGCGUUAUGGCACUUGGGCGAUAGCCUUCGAUAUCUCGAUGUGAGAGACAAUCGAUUGCGAUGUAUCGCCGUCGAGGAAUUGUCGGAAUUGAAGAAACUGGAGAGACUCGAUGCGGUGGGCAAUCCGUGGAUGUGUGGGUGUCGCAGGAAUCUGCAAAAUUUAUUGACUCUGAAGAACGUUGGAUUCGAGAUUAACGCUGGUCGAUGUUACGAGAACGAGAACGAGAUACCCGAUGCUGUCGAAAGAGGGCACCACCAGACAGUGGACACUUCUCCAGGAAGUGUGCACUGGACCUCCUUCGAAGACAGCGUGAAACAUUCGAACAUCACCGUCGUCAGGCCUGCGCCCUGGAUUCCUGCACCAAGCAUUCCAAUAGCGACGCCACAACCACCCCUUUACGAGGGUUCAUGCUACCCUGAAAAAGUCGACGAAAGAUCCAGGUCGACCUACACCUGUCGAGCCAUCACUUCGAUAGAGGAACUAACGGUGAUACCUUCCACCACCCAUUCGAUACGAGUUAUCCUCUCGAACAUCAAGAAGAUUCCUCAGGGAACAUUCGCGCGCUUCAACGGCUACUUAUCGGAGCUGGAGCUCCGCGACUGCGGCAUCGAGACCAUCGAGCCUCGCGCUUUCUCGAACCUGUACAAUCUAGAGUCUCUCUCUCUUCGAAGCAACCAAAUCGAGGCCAUCAACGCUGACACUGUCCAAGGCCUGAGUAAUCUCAGACAUCUGGAUUUGUCCCAUAAUAAUAUAUACAGAAUUACCAACGACGCGUUCGACGAUCUACCUUACCUCGUGAGCUUAGAUAUAUCCGACAAUUCCAUGAACUGUGUCGGUAUUGAGCAUAUGCUUCAACGACUACGAUAUUUGAAGACCAUACAUGUCGCUAACAAUCCUUGGAGCUGCUUGUGCGGAUUGAAACUUGCGGAUGUUUUGGAUGCUCGUGGAAUUCGGUAUGAUAAGCAGUCGUUGUUGUUGAGGGAGGAUUGUUAUGUUACCGAUGGUUCUACGGUGACUGUAGAACCUCAGACGACACCUAGCGCGCCGGUUUGGAACGAGACUGUGGAAGGAACCUGCAGUAUCUACAGUGAUAAGGAGGAGAUUCGUUACCGAUGCAGCGGCGGGAAUCUACUUUUGCUGCAGUCGAUACCACCUGAGGUCACAGCCAUCGAGUUCCACGAAGGACACCUGCCACGCUUACCAGCAGGGUCGCUCUCCAAGUUCCACAGCUUACGCGAGCUGGUAAUAAGGAACUCUGGCUUAUCCACCGUCGAACAAGGAGGUUUCGACGGUUUGAACAACCUCGAGAAUCUCACCAUCCAAGACAAUCCUCUAGAGAUGAUUGGAUCCUCCUGGCUCAACCUCGAGAACCUAGAGAGACUGGAUCUUCGUGGUAACUCGAUCAAGUACGUCGCUCCUGGCGCCUUCAGGCGUCUGAAUCGCCUUGCUUAUUUGAACGUCGAAGGAAACGACCUGAGAUGCAUUUUUACCAGCGAUUUGAACGAGAUGCCCAACGUGUACAUAGUCGAGUUUUCUGGGAAUCCUCUGAAAUGGAGAUGCAGAGUCGAGUUGGAACAGUUCCUCGAGGCUCGGAAAAUAAGGUUCAUUAGAAUCGAAAAUUCCUGCGAGGGUAAGAAGCUGGUGAGGAAUCUGCUGCUGCAGAACAAGACUGAUGGAUCGUUCGACUGUCCGUCAGAUUGCUCGUCAGCUUCCGGAGUUCGAGGAAGUUUGGUCGUCUUCGUGGUCACGCUGGUUAUACGACUUGGCUAUAUUUAUUGAAUGGUUGAUUGGUGGUCGAUAAAAUCGGUUGGUAAAAUUGGUCGGUAAAAUAGAUUUCUGUGAGAUGAAUGACCAAAGUAUUUACUUACAGUCGGUAAGAUUGUUCGAUGAUUAGUUUUGUUACAAUUUUAUUAGAAAUUUUGUAUCACAGAACAUCAUUUAAAAUUUAUUAGUAUGAAGCUUCUGACUGUAGUAAUAUAUUAUGGAACCGUUAAAUAGUAUUAAACACUCUCAUGGUUAAUUAAUCGAUAAUUUACCGACUGUAAGUAGGUAAAAUAAAUAAUUCUAUUUCUGUGAGAUGAAUGACCAAAGUAUUUACGUACAGUCGGUAACAUUGUUUGAUGAUUAUUUUUGUUACAAUUUUAUU